AUGAUUUUAUACAAGUUGGCAGUUUUAGGAGAUUGCGGUGUUGGAAAGAGUGCUCUAAUACGCCAGCUGUGUAAUAUAUACGGCGCAACUUUUCAGAGGGAUUUAUCCAUAAAUGCAAUAAUUGAGGAUCAACCUUGUGUGGUAGAAGUGUUAAGUACAUCAGGGAUAGAAGAAUAUAUAGGACUUCGUGAUCACAUCUUGGAAAUAUUGUCCAAAAACCUGGAAUCGUGGAAUUUAGAUAACGAGUGGAUACAAUCAGGAAAAGAUCAAGAAUUAUCAGAUGAUUAUGUUCCUUUAGUUUUAAGAAUUCCUGAUCGAUUGUUGAUGAUUAGAAAUCGUGUUAUGACGAUGAAUCAACAAUAUGUUGAAUUGGAACGACAAUAUGUUGAAUUGGAACAACAAUAUGUUGAGUUGGGACAAGAUUUCAUUUGGUUAAGAUGCAGAGAUACAAUUAAUAAUACAAUGGAUCUGAAUAAUCAAAACAUGUAA